AUGAGCGCCAGCAGCAACAGCAGCAGCAGCAGCAGCACCUGCAUCACCAUAUUGUGCAUCACCAUCGUGAGCACCAGCAGCAGCAGCAGCAGCAGCAACAGCAGCAGCAGCCAGCAGCAACAGCAGCAGCAACAGCUGCAGCAGCAGCAGCAGCAGCAGAUGGAGCCGUGGCCGAGCGCAGACUGUCCUCUGCAUGCGCUGGAGAUGGUGGCCGUGGGCAGCAGGCUGUGUCGCUCUGUGUCUUCGUACUUCCGUUUGCUGCAGCAGCAGCAGCAGCAGCAGCAGCAAAUGGAGGAGCCCCUCAGCAGGUCUCAAAGGGCCCUCGUGCUGCUGCUUGACAGAAUGCAUGCCAACAUCUCCGUCAUCCACGCAGAGCUGCAUCAGCAGCAGCAGCAGCAGCAAAGUUUGCUGCAGCUGUCAGCAGCAGCUCCCAGAAGGCAGCUAGUGGUUCAUUUGCUGUGGAAUGUUGCUGCUGACCUAGCAGCUCUCUGGGUCUGCCCCGAGCAUCAGCAACAGCAGCAGCAGCUGCUGCUGCUGCAGUGGCGAGAGCAGCAUCAGUGGCAGUGGCAGCAGCAGCAGCGCGAGCAGCAGCAGCAGCGGCUCCG